AUGACCAUUGCGACACUGCAGCGUCACGAGGCUGGCGAAGAUGAGGAGCCAGCCUUCAUCCCAGCAGGUGCACUGCUGCAGAUGACGACGACCGCAUCGAGUGACCUGCCGGCUGCUGCUGUUUCGAAUCUAUCGAAUAGGACCGCGGGCCCCGCAGUGUACCAUCAUCGCCUUGAGCUGUUCCAGAUCCUAAGCGUCUUGGGAACGGGUGCCUUUGGCAAGGUCUAUCUGGCGCGAUAUCGACCCACGGGUGGUUUGUUCGCCAUCAAAUCGAUGAAAAAAGAGGCGCUUCUCCGCUUCGGGGGCACUGCUCAGGCUCGAGUAGAGCGCGACAUCCUUGCGCUUUUAAUGGACCACGGCUAUGAGCUGAAUCCGGGACUCGGUAGAUCACCAAGAACGAACAACAAUAUGAGGAACGAACAGCGUGCGGUGCAUCCAUUUAUUGUACGGCUGCAUUGCGCAUUUCAAACGUCUUCAAGAGUUUUUCUGGUCAUGGAUUAUCUGCAAGGAGGCCCGCUUAUGGAUUAUUUGCGUAAGGAGGCGCUCUUCAGUGAAGAAGUUGCUCGUUUCUACGCAGCUGAAAUGUACAUUGCUUUACAGCACCUGCAUUCAAUCGGCAUUGUUCAUCGGGAUCUGAAGCCCGAGAACGUCCUCCUGGACCAUGAAGGCCACGUAGCCUUAACCGACUUUGGACUCAGCAAAGCCGGCAUGGGCCGCCUAGAUACUGAGACAGGUGCAGGCAUGGCGCAGAGCGCCGACGCAUCCCUCCGCCGUGCACCAGGGAACGGUGGAACCGCAGGGGCCGCCCACGCAGACGCCGUAUCAGCGCCAAACGACAGUGCGAUGCAGACGCAGCUCGAGUCGAUAGACGCAUCUGAUCUCGUCGAUAGCGGCUCUCUCACCCAUUCCUGGUGCGGUACAGAGCACUAUAUGGCUCCGGAGCUCCUCGCUCGUGAGGGACAUUCUUUCGCAGCGGAUUACUGGUCGUUUGGAUGUUUAAUAUACGAGAUGCUUACCGGGGAGCCGCCUUUUUCCGUCCGAGCACAAGGCCUGGUUGGAAAACGCGAUCGUGGAAGGCGAGCAAAAGUUGCAGCCCAGGCAGCCGCCGAUAACAAGACUGGCGGUAAAGCGCCUCCAGAGAAUGUUCACUCGCGCGUGGCUCUGUACAAGCGAAUUAUGAAAGCGAAAAUCAAAUUUCCCUCGUACGUUUCCACCGAGGCGCAGUCGCUGGUGCGUCAGUUAAUCUGCCGCUCUCCGGAGGAGAGGCUUCGUCAUGCGCUCUGCUUACAGCACCAUCGCUGGUUCCGCGGAAUUUCCUGGAAACGAAUCCGCGAGCGACUGGAGCGCCCGCCGAUCACGCCGGUUGUGGACUCUGGCUCGAGAAUGGGUAGCCCCAGCGCAUCGACAGCGCACCGAGACGACAGCUGGAGUGUGUCGCCCCAUUCACCGCACUGGAUGCCGGCUGAAGGCGCCCCCGAUACACACCUUGUAGCGUAUACCUAUGUCGCUCCUCACGCACUGCAUGCUUUUGGAGAGUAUCUCCAGGCCUGGCGCACCAGAGGAGGCCAUGAUAGCAGCUUUCCGAUCGAUCAUCAAGUGAAACUGAGUUCGUCGACGUCUUCUGUCUCGGAGCGAGAUAGCUCGCGUUUCUGUGGACGCAAUCUGGAAACGGAAAGCGAUUCCACUGCCCGUGAGGUAGCCGACGCCCUAGAGGAUAUACGCAUUGCCGUAUCGGAGGGCAUCGAAAUAUUCAGCAUUGACGGAGCUGAAUACGAUCGAGCUCCGUAA